AUGAAUUUUCAAGUCGGAUCAGGCUCCAGUCCUGAGAAUAAUCCUGCCAAUCCUAUUGUUCCUGAUUUCGAUGAAGAAGUUGAAAAAGAGAAAACAAAAGAGGAAUUACCAAAGCAAUUGAAAGAAAGAUGGAAGUGUAUUGAGGAGAAAUUUAAAGCGAUGGAAACUACUGAAAGAUGCCAUGGGAUUGAUACUAAGGAUUUAAGUUUGGUACCGGAUUUAGUGCUUCCUUACAAGUUUAAAAUGCCGGAUUUUGAGAAGUAUAAUGGGACCACUUGCCCUGAAGCCCACAUUACUAUGUUUUGUAGGCAAAUGACUUGGUAUGUCAAUAAUGACCAAUUAUUGAUACACUGUUUUCAAGAUAGCCUCACGGGGGCUGCGUCAAAAUGGUAUAAUCAAUUAAGCUGUGCUAAGAUCAGCUCUUGGAGGGAUAUAGCACAGGCCUUUAUGAAACAGUACGGUCAUGUAGCGAAAAUGGUUCCCGAUAGGAUUACCUUGCAGAGUAUGGAGAAAAAGUCGAAUGAAGGUUUUAGACAGUACGCUCAGAGGUGGAUGGAGGUGGCAGUGCAGGUCCAACCACCACUCCUUGAAAGAGAGAUGACGAUGCUCUUUGUAAAUAUGCUGAAGGCCCCCUUCAUCACAUACAUGUUAGGCAGUGCCACGAAAAAUUUUGCUGACAUAGUCAUGAGUGGUGAGAUGAUUGAAAGUGCUGUAAAGAGUGGGAAGAUCGAUGUUGGAGAGAACAACAGAAGGCAAAACUCAAAGAAAAAAGAAAGUGAGGUGAACAACGUGAAUACAUACAACAAGUCAAUUACGGUGAAUCAGCCUAGGAAGGUAGUGGCAGGUCAACAAGGUUCAUCAAAACAGGAAUCUGGUACGAGGCCAAGAGUUACGGGGCACUCCAUAGAGCAUUGUACUGCUUUUAAAAAGCUUGUUGAGAAGCUCAUUAAGAUGGGCGUUGUCAAGGUAGAUGAUUCAUCAGGUACGGAAAAUCCAUUACCCAAUCAUGCUGAUGCUGGGGUAAACAUGGUGGGUGAAGGUACGGGGAAGAAGGUCAAGGAAAAUAUUGCUGAGGUAAAGAUCCCUUUGAAGAGGGUUUGGAAAGAAAUGGUAGAAAGAGGGUUAAUUGUUUCGGAUUUAGUGGGGGGUGGCAAGACCCAAAAUUAUUGUGAGUUCCAUCAUGAGAUGGGACAUGAAAUUCAAAGAUGUGAGAAGUUUAGAGCUCUGAUCCAGAGCAUGAUGGAUAAUGGAGAAAUAGAGUUUUUUGAAGAUGUGGAAGGAAAAAAAAGUAUAUGCGCAUCGGAGUCAGAGACAAGGAUUCCAAAGGUUAAUCAUCCUGUGAUUAUCAUUUCGAGCCCUAAGGUUACUGAAGUUAGGGCACAGGUAACAGUUUCGGGGAAGGAAACUUCAAUUAGUGUUGCGAAAGAAAACCAAAAGACAGAAUCGGUGGAGGGAAAAGUCCUUGCAGCGGAGCAAAAGAAAGAGAAGCAGGUUGAAUUAAGGUCAUUGAUUAAUGAGCCGAUAAGGGAAGAAGAGGCCACUGAAUUCUUGAAAUUUCUGAAGCACAGUGAGUAUAGCGUGGUAGAGCAGCUGCAUAAGCAACCAGCUCGUAUAUCUGUGUUGGCUUUGCUGAUGAAUUCAGAGAUACAUUCGGCAGGGGCUGUGCCUUCAUCGCUGCAUCAGAAGUUAAAAUUAGUGUCAGAGGGACGGUUAGUGACAAUAAAUGCCGAGGAAGGUAUUAUUGCGUCAAUAACCAGUAAUACACCAUACGUGGAGACUGAUGAGGAGGCGAUGGAAUGUUCUUUUCGGACUUUAGAAUUCGUAAAUGCAACAUUUAUUGCUAAGGGGAAUAGAAUUCCAGUACCGAAGAUAUCCAGGAUUACAAGAAUGGGCCUUCAAUUAAUGGUGGGAAAAGGAGUUGUACCGGGAAAAGAAUUGGGAAGAUAUUUGCAAGGAGGAGUUGAAGCACCAAUGAUGAAAGAAAAAUUUGAUCGUUUUGGUCUGGGCUAUAGACUAGAUAUAAAACAAAAAAGAAAGGGAAUGGAGAGAAGACAGGAGAGAAGAAGGGCACGCCUGAGCGAAAAUGAAGUUAGGUGGGAGCCUAUGGCUUUUCCUCACAUAUCCAAGACUUUCGUAUCAGGAGGGUUUAUUCAUCCAAAAUGA